AAUAGGGAGCGAAAAUGUCGCGCUGUCGGAGGUGGACGCCAUAUAACGAGAGUUUAAAAAUAAAAUAAAAAAGAAAAAAAAAAAACGAGAAAAAAGGAAAUUAAGAAACGCACAACAAAAGGCUCAGCGAAGAAAAAGAAUGAAAGCAAAAGAGAAGGGGAGAUUUUAAGGUAAUUCGAAUGGCGGAGGUGAAGCCCGGCGAUUCCACCACCAACAUCACUACCGACACCACCACCACCGCUUUCAACGGUUCUCAAAACCAUUCGAAUUCCGAUCAGCCAACGGACCGUCCGGUUCGAGUCUACGCUGAUGGGAUCUACGAUCUCUUCCAUUUUGGUCACGCUCGCUCUCUCGAGCAAGCCAAGAAAUCGUUCCCGAAUACCUUUUUGCUAGUUGGGUGUUGUAAUGAUGAGACUACCCACAAGUUUAAAGGGAAAACUGUUAUGACUGAAGCUGAACGAUAUGAAUCUCUUCGCCAUUGCAAGUGGGUGGAUGAAGUGAUUCCUGAUGCACCCUGGGUGAUCUCUCAAGAAUUUAUUGACAAGCACAAGAUUGACUUUGUGGCCCAUGAUUCUCUUCCUUAUGCUGAUGCUUCUGGGGCUGGGAAAGAUGUUUAUGAAUUUGUUAAAAAGAUUGGAAAGUUUAAGGAAACAAAAAGGACGGAAGGAAUCUCAACUUCAGACAUUAUCAUGAGGAUUGUGAAAGAUUAUAAUCAGUAUGUACUGCGCAAUUUGGACCGUGGUUAUUCAAGGAAAGAGCUUGGAGUCAGCUAUGUGAAGGAAAAACGGCUGAGAGUAAAUAUGAGAUUGAAGAAAUUACAGGAGAAAGUUAAGGAGCAUCAAGAAAAAGUGGGAGAAAAGAUUCAAACAGUUGCAAAAACUGCUGGCAUGCACCGGAAUGAAUGGGUAGAAAAUGCUGAUCGUUGGGUAGCUGGGUUUCUAGAGAUGUUUGAAGAAGGUUGUCAUAAGAUGGGCACGGCCAUCAGAGAUCGAAUUCAAGAGCGAUUGAUGGGGGCACAGCAGCUGAAAUAUAUAUCAAAUGGCAAGGACAGUGACUCAGACCUUGAUGAAGAAUAUUAUUACGACGAUGAUGAUAAUGAAGAAUACUAUGAUGACGAUGACGAUGACUUCUAUGAAGAAUUUGAGAAAGAUGAAAAGAAAAGGUAGGGCAUUUGUUUACGUCAAGUUUGAAUACAUGUCACGUGCUUGUUCGUGAAUUCUACAGUAUAUUUUGCUACUAUAUGUUUAGAUGACGCAGAUGGUAAAACCAUAACUGCUAGUUUGUUACCAAAGCCAGAAAAAAAAGAAAGGGCACUUUGGUGAUGAUAAGGUUAGGAACCAUUUCUUUUGGUGACCCCUUUUUAAGAUGUAUGUCUCUUUUUUUUUUUGUGUAUAUGGAUGAAAAUUUUCCUUUCAAGCUUUGUAAAACAGGUCGAUAUGAAAGCCUUUUUUUUGCUCCUUUUGGUUUUCGUGAAUCAUUGUAAUUGAAGAUUCAACUUUUGGUUUUCUUGUUUGUAGGUAAUGUAAGAGUGAUAAAUACGGUUUGUUAUUUUA